UGGUUUAAUAAAAUCAAAUAAAAGUACGAAAGAUUCAGUGGCUAAUGACAUUUAUGUGGUAACCAAUAAUUAAAAAUAGAACCAACAGUAUUAAAUUUACGUACCUACCCUUUAUUUUGCAGUGAUUAAGUUUUACACUUCCUUCCUCUUUCAAAUUCAUCUUCUCUUCGAUUCGACCCCAAAUUGGAAGCAAGUUUAAAUUCGACACCAAUGGCAGAUUCAGAGCCAAUCAGAGAAGGGGAACAAGAGACUCACACAACCACUACUCUCCAUCACCAAAUGAUUCCUUCCGAGCUGACUCACGACGAGUUCGCCGAGCUAACCGACUCAAUCACCGAGUUCCACACCUACCAACUCGGUCCCGGUCGCUGCUCCUCCCUCCUCGCCCAACGCAUCCAGUCCCCUCCCGAAACCGUCUGGUCCGUCGUGAGACGCUUCGAUCGUCCCCAGAUUUACAAACACUUCAUCAAAAGAUGCUCCGUCGAAGAAGGAUUCGAGAUGCGAGUGGGGUGCACGCGCUACGUGGACGUGAUCAGCGGCCUUCCGGCGAACACGUCGAGGGAGAGGCUCGAUCUCCUCGACGACGAGCGGAGGGUGACGGGGUUUAGCAUCACCGGAGGCGAGCACAGGCUGAGGAAUUACAAGUCGGUGACGACGGUUCAUGGAUUCGAGAGAGAUGGACGGAUCUGGACCGUUGUUCUUGAAUCGUACGUCGUGGAUGUGCCGGAGGGGAACACGGAGGAGGAUACGCGUUUGUUUGCUGAUACUGUGAUUAAACUGAAUCUUCAGAAGCUCGCGUCGAUUACUGAGGGUAUGAGUCGGAGUUCCGGCGACGGAGGAAACCCUCCGGUGAUGUGAAAGUAAUGAACACGAAAACAAAUUGGGGAAUUUCAUCUUUUUUUUUUGUUUAAUAAAAUUUUCCUUUGUAACAUUUUUUUUACUGAAUUGUAAUUUGCUUUUGGUCGUUAUUGUUGUCUCCUGGAUAAUUGGAAACUGGAAUGUUCGAUAAGUUAAAUCCAACGUUAGAAUA